AUGUUCAUUGGAAUAACAGGACCUCGUUUUGCUGGUAAAAAUACAGUUGCCAAGUGGCUAGUUUCAGGACACGGGUUUACAUUACUUUCUCUUCGAAAAGAUAAUUACUACGAGAACUAUCAUAACCAUCAUAGUCAACACCAAGGACUUGACGCGUUAGAAUUUGAAUCACCUGAAGAGCUUUUACAAUAUGUUACAAAAAAAUAUUCCGAAAAUUUUGUAACAUGUGAUAUUCGUUCUAGUUAUAUUUUGGAAGUUUAUAGGAAACGCCCGUUUUUUUUGUUACUUGCAGUUGAUGAGGAAAAUCAUCCUGAACCACCAUUAGAAGAAUUUUUAAUUGAAAAUGAUAGUCAACUUUUCAAAGCAGUCGCGCCAAGUAAUGAAUUUGCGGAAUCAUUUAUAAGUAAUCAAAGUGAUAGUGAUCAAGAAGAAGGAGGAAGAGAAAGAAUUCAAAAAAAUUCAUCAAAAUCUGAAAAAAUGAAUCAAAUUAGAAAAUUUGAACAAAUUCCAGUUUAUAAUAUAAUGACUAUGGCAGAUCUUACUAUAGUUAAUUCAUAUUUAACAUUUCAACCACUCUUUGUUUAUCUUCAUAAACUUGAAAUCACAAAUCCCGAGAGAUUAAGACCAUCUUGGGAUACAUAUUUCAUGCAUUUAUCGGAUUUAGCAGCAUUGAGAUCGAAUUGUAUGAAACGUAGAGUAGGUUGUAUUUUAGUAAAAGAUUUUAGAGUAAUUGCUACAGGUUAUAAUGGUACAGCAAGAGGAUUAAAGAAUUGUAAUCAAGGUGGAUGUGAUCGUUGUAACGAUGCAGUUCCCAGUGGAGCUGGAUUAGAUAAAUGUCUUUGUUUACAUGCAGAAGAAAACGCGUUAUUAGAAGCCGGAAAAGAAAGAGUUGGUAAAGGAUCUAUUCUUUAUUGCAACACAUGUCCUUGCCUUGGAUGUAGCGUCAAAUUAAUUCAAGUGGGCGUUGAAGAAGUUGUCUAUAAAAAUUCUUACAAUAUGGAUGAAAUAACAGCUCGACUUCUCAAAGAAGCAGGUAUAAAGUUACGUCAGCAUGCACCUCCGAACAGGAGAUUACAACUGCAAAAGAAUGAAUAG